AUAGCCCCUGAGGGUCCCGGACCUGCGUGGGUUUUGCCGCUGGCGUGAAAGGCCUCCCGGCGUGAGGUCGACCCAGGCAGCACCUCGGACAAGUCCCUACCUGAAGCAGUUGUCUGGCCGUGUCAGUUCCGGAGCAUAACACUUGCUGCCCGCGGAACCCCCGGAGGCCCGGGAGAGGAGAGGGAGGAGUUGGGUGGGAAGACUUGCGUGGAGAAAAGUUGUCACGUGCAUGCAGGGAGGUUAAAGCAUGUGCUCUGUGGCCAGCUGUGGUUGGAAUCCUGGUACCACCCUCCCUUGGCUGUGUGGACUGGGAUCUGAUUUCUGGAGACUUCACCCAUCCUCAAGGGAAACUGCUCAGAAAGAGGAUAUGGCUGCCGAACAGAGGGAAGCAAGGUCUCAGGUGUCAGUGACAUUCGAAGAUGUGGCCGUGCUCUUUACACGGGAUGAGUGGAGAAAGCUGGCUCCUUCUCAGAGAAACCUGUACCAAGAUGUGAUGCUGGAGAACUACAGUAACCUUGUCUCAUUGGCAAGGAGAAGAUCCCUGGAAGGUAGAGAAAGAAAGCCCUGGAGAUUCCUCUCUAGGAAGACCAAGCACCCUGCAAUAAAAUGCAAGUCUCUGGAGUUUUUCAAAGGGGGAAAAAAAGAAAGUGAAUACGAAGAACAGAAGCAAUUACUGAAGGCCACCACUUCAUCAAAUGUGUCUGCACUGAGCAUCAUUCUUAGGGCUAACUUCAUUGCUAAAGAAUGUAAGAGCAGUCCUAAAACCACAAAGGCAACUCAAACUCAAGACUCAUCAUUUUCGGGGCUAAUAAGGAAAACACUCAAAAAGGAUGAACCGUGGAAUUUCAUAUCAGAAAACCCCUGCAUAUAUGAAGACAGAAUAAAGAAACAGAAGGACAAAAGUGAAAGUUUACAAAUAAUUUCAGUCACCCAUACAAAAAUCCUCACUGUAGAAAGAAGCCAUAAAAAUAAUGACUUCGGCCAAAAUUUCAGCCUGAAAUCAGUGUUUGUUAAGCAACAGAGGAUUGCUAGAGAAAAAACACCUUCAAAAUAUGAAAUACAAAGAAAUAGCUUAAGGCAGGAUUCAAAUGUACUUAACCAAUCGAAAAUAAAGACAGCAGAAAAACGCCAUAAAUGUAACAUAUGUGAAAAAGCCUUCAUUCACAAGUCAUCCCUUCGUAAACAUCAGAAAAACCAUACUGGAGAGAGAUUAUUUCAAUGUGAUGAAUGUUUGAAAGCCUUCAACCAAAGUUCAGCUCUUAUUCAACAUCAAAGAACUCAUACUGGAGAGAAACCCUAUAUAUGUAAAGAGUGUGGGAAAGCCUUCAGCCAUAGUGCAUCCCUUUAUAAACACGUAAAAAUACAUACUGUGGAAAAAUCCUACAAAUGUAAAGAAUGUGGUAAGUCCUUUGGCAGAAGGUCUGCCCUUUUUAUACAUCAAAAAAUUCAUGCUCAAGACAAUCCCCACAAAUAUAACCCAGGAAGGAAGGCAUCCACUUGCAACCUUCCUGGAUGUCAGAGAAUUCAUCCAAGAAAGAAGUCCUAUUUAUGUAACGAAUGUGGCAACACCUUUAAGUCUAGUUCAUCCCUUCGUUACCACCAGAGAAUUCACACAGGAGAGAAACCUUUUAAAUGUGGUGAAUGUGGGAGAGCCUUCAGUCAGAGUGCAUCUCUUAUCCAACAUGAAAGAAUUCACACUGGAGAAAAGCCUUACAGAUGUAAUGAAUGUGAAAAAGGUUUCACUUCUAUUUCACGACUUAAUAGACAUCGAAUAAUUCAUACUGGAGAGAAAUUGUAUAAUUGCAAUGAGUGUGGUAAAGCCUUAAGUUCCCACUCGACACUCAUUAUUCAUCAGCGAAUUCAUACUGGAGAGAAACCAUGUAAAUGUAAAGUGUGUGGGAAAGCCUUCAGACAAAGUUCUGCUCUCAUUCAACAUCAGAGAAUGCACACUGGAGAAAGACCCUAUAAAUGUAAUGAGUGUGGGAAAACAUUCAGGUGUAACUCGUCCCUUAGUAAUCAUCACAGAAUUCACACAGGAGAGAAACCAUAUCGAUGUCUGGAAUGUGGGAUAUCUUUUGGGCAAAGUGCAGCUCUUCUUCAACAUCAAAGGAUUCAUACAGGAGAAAAACCCUUUGUGUGUAUUACAUGUGGGAAAACUUUUAGACAGAGCUCAUCACUUAUUGCACAUCAAAGAAUUCAUACUGGAGAAAAACCCUAUGAAUGUAAUGCAUGUGGGAAACUCUUCAGCCAGAGGUCGUCCCUUACGAACCAUUAUAAAAUUCACAUUGAAGAGGACCCCUUCAAAGUAGAUUUGCAUGUGUGAAACCCUUAAACCAAAGGUCAUUAGAAUAAAAUUGGUCCUACAUAUCUGUGGGUUCCACAUCCACUGGUUCAAAUAACUGCAAAUUUAAAAUACUAAAAAAACUUUUCAGAAAUAUCCAAAAAACGAAAUUUGAAUUUGCCACACACUGGCAACUAUUUUCAUAAGCACUUGCACUGUAUUAGGUAUUUCAAGUAAUUUAGAGAUGAUUUAAAGUUUAUGAGAAGAUGUGCAUAGGUUACAUGCAAAUUCUGUGCCAUUUUAUGUAAGGGACUUGAUCAUCCUCAGAUUUUGGUAUCUGUGUGGGGGUCCUGGAAUCAGUCCACUACAGAUAGUAUGGGACAACUGUAUACACACUUGAGAAUGACUUAGUAAAUGUAAUGAAUAUGAUAAAACUUCAAUUUUAAUUUAGUCCUUAUCAGUUAUUUAAUUUUAAGGAAAAGCUUUGACUGUGUAAUAAAUAUGUGGAAUACUUUAAUACCUGUUAGUCACUUUUUAAAAUAUCCUGAGACAAAUAAAUCACAAUUGAAAAUA